AUGUGGUUAUCGUCCGAGCAGCAUUCUCUUGGAGAGUUGGCUAGAAGUAUUCAGCUAGGAGAAUCUUUCGAGCUAGCGAAUGAUCGCCCGGAUGGCUUCCACAGGAGCCUUGGUGCACUUCUUGCAAGAUGUUUGCUUCGAUUCUCAGCAGGGAUGUCUUUGAUGGAUACUUUUGCAGUCAUAGUCACAAGAAGACGAGUGUCGCUUUGUUUCGUGACUUGGAACAUCGCUGCUCUUAUGAUCAUGUUCCUUGUCUCGAUGAUCAUACACACUGGAGCACUGGUCGUUGAUGGAGAAGCUGAUGAUUCGCAUUUAGAAGCCCAUCUUAAACGCCUCAACAAACCUGCAGUGAAAACGAUGAAGACACAACAUGGAGACAUAUUUGAUUGCGUUCCUCUGUACAAGCAACCUGCUUUCGAUCACCCUUUGCUAGCAAAUCACACAAUCCAGAUGAAACCAAGCUUUGUGCCCAACAUGGACGACGAUGCUAAUCAUAUUGGUAGUGAUCCAUUAAUAUCAACUAAGCCUCAAUUAGAGAUUGAAAGCUGCCCACUGGGCACAGUUCCGAUAAGGAGAACUCAGAUUAGCGAUCUCCGUAGAGUUGCAAAGCUCCAAAACUACGGGAAGCGCGAUGAAUCUGAUCAUGAAAGACAAGAACAAGCAGGGGUGAAACUAGAACACGGAGGCCCUUAUCUCGGAGCUAGAGGUAGAAUAAAUGUUUGGGAUAUCGAAGUCAGUGAUGGUGAAUGGAGUCAUAGUGCCAUUGAAAUGUCAGACCGAAAAAGUGACUACAUUGAAGCAGGAUGGCUGGAUGAUGGGUACCAAAAUACAGGCUGCUACAAUUUGCUCUGCCCGGGUUUCAUCCAAGUCAAUCGGAACAUUCCACUUGGUGGCGUAAUCCAACCCACUUCUAGCUACAAUGGGAAACAAUAUGCCUUGAACACAGUAAUUUACAGGGAUCCGAAGGAUAUGAAUUGGUGGUUGGAAAUACAUGGAGAACCGGUGGGGUACUGGCCGAAAGAACUAUUCGGUGGCAGAUUUGUAGGAGCUAUGGACUUGAAGUGGAUCGGGUCGAUCCUGAACACUAUGAGCGGCCACCGCAUGACGACGACAAUGAUGGGAAGUGGGCGGUUCCCGGAGGAAGGAUUUCGUAAGGCAGCCUUCUUCCACACUGUUGAGGUGAUGGAUGAAAGCGGCAAGUAUGAACAGCCCACGAAUCAUGAGUUUUUCCAGACCAAUAAUAAAGGCUGUUAUGAAGUGGAUCCAGUGGGGGAAGAAAUCUUCUUCUAUUUUGGAGGCCCUGGUGGUCGUUAUGCUGGUUGUAAAAGGUAG